AUGUCGCCUGACGGGGGCAAAGGUGACAGUUAUUACAGGAAGAACGUCUCGGAGCGCGCGCGGGAGCGACCUUUGAAAGUUGAGCUCCGCGGAGGCGAGCUGGUGCCCGGGGGUGAACAUGGUGGCGUUGCGGGGCCUUGGGAGCGGCUUGCAACCCUGGUGCCCGUUGGAUCUCAGUCUCGCAAUCCUGUAUUCCCACUGAUGAAGAGGAGGCUGAUUACACAAUGGGUAGACACGGUGUGGGAGCUGGAUUUCACAGAGACUGAGCCUUUGGACCCCAGCAUAGAGUCAGAGAUUAUAGAGACUGGAUUGAGUGCAUUCACAAAACUCUAUGAAAGCCUUUUCCCCUUUGCUACUGAAGAACAUGGAUCUACGGAGGGACUCCAAUGCAGUGUAGCCAAUCAAGUAUUCCACCCAGUGAUGUUUGACAAAUGCGUUCAAACUCUAAAGAAGAGCUGGCCUCAGGAAUCUAACUCGAAUCGGAAAAGAAAGAAAGAACAGCCUGUGAGCUCUCAGGCUAAUCCAAGGAGGCAUAGAAAAAGAGGAAAGCCACCCAGGAAAGAAGAUAUUGAGAUGGAUGAAAUUAUAGAACAAGAGGAUGAAGAAAAUAUUUAUUUUUCUGCCCGGGACCUUUCUCAAAUUCGAAAUGCCAUCUUUCAUGUUUUGAAGAAUUUCUUAAGGCUUCUGCCCAAGUUUUCCCUGAAAGAGAAGCCACAGUGUGUACAGAAUUGUAUAGAGGUCUUUGUUACUUUAACUAAUUUUGAGCCAAUUCUUCACGAAUGUCAUAUUACACAAGUCAGAGAUCUUAACCAAGCAAAAUACAUACCAGAACUGGCCUAUCAUGGGUUGUAUUUGCUGUGCUCCCCAAUUCAUGGCGAAGGAGAUAAGGUUAUCAGUUAUGUUUUCCAUCAAAUGCUCAAUGUAAUAUUAAUGUUAGAAGCGGGUGAAGGAUCCCAUCGCACCCCCCUUACUAUUACUUCCCAAGUCAUCAAUCAGAGAAACCAGGCAGUCCAGUUUAUCAGCUCACUUGUGGACGAACUGAGGGAGAGCAUAUUCCCAGUCCUCCGUGUCUUACUGCAGCACAUCUGUGCCAAGGUGAUAGAUAAAUCAGAAUAUCGGACCUCUGCAGCACAGGCCCUGGUCCAGCUGCUCAGUAAACUUCCCUGUGGGGAGUACGCUACAUUCAUUGCCUGGCUUUAUAAAUAUUCACGAAGUUCCAAGAUCCCACACCGAGUUUUUACUCUUGAUGUGGUCUUAGCUCUGUUAGAACUGCCUGAAAGAGAGAUGGAUAAUACUGUCUCCUUGGAACAUCAGAAGUUCCUAAAGCAUAAGUUCUUGGUGCAGGACAUUAUGUUUGACCGCUGUUUAGACAAGGCACCUACUGUCCGCAGCAAGGCAUUGUCCAGCUUUGCACAUUGUCUGGAACUGACUGUUACCAAUGCAUCGGAGAGUAUACUGGAACUCCUAAUUAACAGUCCUGCAGUUUCAGGAAUAGAGAGUCACCCUGGUACCUUACUGAGAAAUUCAUCAGCUUUUUCCUAUCAAAGGCAGACAGUUAACCAUUCUGAACCCUCAGGGGAUGUCAACAUAGACAGCGGUGGUGAAACAGUUGGAUCUGGGGAAAGAUGUGUCAUGACGAUGCUGAGAAAGAGGAUUAGGGAUGAGAAGACCAACGUUAGGAAGUCUGCACUCCAGGUGUUAGUGAGUAUUUUGAAACAUUGUGAAGUCUCAUAUAUGAAGGAAGACCUGUCAAUUCUGCAGGACCGGUGUCGAGACCCUGCAGUGUCUGUCCGGAAGCAGGCCCUACAAUCUCUUACCGAACUUCUUAUGGCCCAACCUCGAUGUGUCCAUAUCCAGAAAGCCUGGCUGAGGGGGGUAGUCCCCGUGGUGAUGGACUGCGAGAGCACCGUGCAGGAGAAGGCCCUGGAGUGCCUCGACCAGGUCCUGCUGCAGAACAUCAAGCACCACAGUAAAUUUCACACUGGGGACGACAGCCAGGUGCUGGCUUGGGCACUGCUUGCUCUCCUCACCACAGAAAGCCAGGGAUUGAGGUAUGCUAACUGUGUCAUCAAGGGUAAGCUGAAUGGAUUUCAGUGGUCUCUGGAGUUGAUCAGUUCAGCUGUUGAUACCCUGCAAAGGCUUUGUAGAGCGUCUGCAGAGACAGCGGUGGAGGAAGAGGAGCUCCUGAAGCAGGUGUGUGGGGAUGUGCUCUCCACCUGUGAGCAUCACCUGGCCAACAUCGUUCUGAAGGAAGGUGGAGCAGGAAACCUGGACGAAGAUCUGCUGAAAGAUAAAUUUUCACCCACUUUUAUAAGCAACGUGAUAUCUCACACUGGCAUGGGACAUUCUGCACCAGCCUGGAUGCUGCUCUCCAAGAUUGCUUGCUCAUCACCCAAGCUCGACUACACCAAAAUAAUAGAGUCCUGGGAGAAAAUCAGUAAGCUGUGCUUACAGCAUGAGGAUCUUGCAAAGAAGAGCAUCCCAACUCUCGUGCGAGAGCUCGAGGUGUGCGAGGACGUGGCUGUCCGCAACAAUGUCAUCGUGGUGAUGUGCGAUCUUUGCAUCCGCUACACUGUCGUGGUGGACAAGUACAUUCCCAACAUCUCCAUGUGUCUGAAGGAUUCAGAUCCGUUCAUCCGAAAGCAGACCCUCAUCUUGCUUACCAAUCUCUUGCAGGAGGAAUUUGUGAAAUGGAAGGGCUCUCUGUUCUUUCGAUUUGUCAGCACUCUGAUAGAUUCAAACCCAGACAUUGCCAGCUUUGGGGAGUUUUGCCUGGCUCAUCUGUUGCUGAAGAGGAACCCCGUCAUGUUCUUCCAGCACUUCAUCGAGUGUAUUUUCCACUUCAAUAACUAUGAGAAGCAUGAGAAGUAUAACAAGUUCCCCCAGUCAGAGAGAGAGAAGCGGCUGUUUUCACUGAAGGGAAAGUCAAACAAGGAGAGACGAAUGAAAAUCUACAAAUUUCUUCUAGAGCACUUCACAGAUGAACAGCGAUUCAAUAUCACUUCCAAAAUCUGCCUUAGUAUUUUGGCGUGCUUCGCCGACGGCAUCCUGCCCCUGGACCUGGAAGCCAGUGAGUUACUCUCAGACACGUUUGAGGUCCUCAGCUCAAAGGAGAUCAAGCUUUUGGCAAUGAGAUCUAAACCGGAUAAGGACCUCCUUGUGGAAGAAGAUGACAUGGCCUUGGCAAAUGUAGUCAUGCAGGAAGCCCAGAAGCAGCUCAUCUCACAAGUUCAGAAGAGGAAUUUCAUAGAAAAUAUUAUUCCAAUUAUCAUCUCCCUGAAGACUGCGCUGGAGAAAAAUAAGAUCCCAGCCUUGCGGGAACUCAUGAACUAUCUCAGGGAGGUGAUGCAGGAUUACCGAGACGAAGUCAAGGAUUUCUUUGCAGUUGACAAACAGCUGGCGUCAGAACUUGAGUAUGACAUGAAGAAGUAUAACGAACAGCUAGCCCAGGAGCAAGAGCUGGCGAAGCAAGCAGACGUGAGCAGGAUGGCGGAGGGCACCGGUGCGGCGCCAGCAGUGCAGGUUGCUCCACGUUUAGAAAUAAUGCCAGUUCCUGCUGGCCAAGAAAAUCCCGCCAUGUCCCCUGCUGUGAGGCAGCCCUCAACACCUGGGCCAAGCACUGGCCAUGCACCGACUCUGUCUCCUGUGCCUGAAACAGGGCCAUUGAACAGGUUGAUGCCCAAAACCAGGCCCAUGUCCCUGAGCACCAUCGCAAUCCUGAAUUCUGUCAGGAAAGCUGUGGAGUCCAAUAACAGGCACCGGAGUCGGAGCUUAGGAGUGUUGCCUUUCACUUUGACUUCUGGAAGCCCGGAAAAACCGUGCAGUCAGGCAUCUUCAUACAGCUUGGAGCAAGAGUCCAAUGGAGCUAUUGACCAUGUAACUAAACGGGCAAUCAGCACCCCUGAGAAGACCAUCAAUGACGUCACCUUUGGAGCAGGGGUCAGUUACAUAGGGACCCCACGGACUCCUUCAGUCAAAGAGAAAAUUGAAGUCCAGAGUCAAGGAAAUGACAUUUUAUGUUUAUCGUUGCCUGAUAAACCGCCUCCACAGCCCCAGCAGUGGAAUGUGAAGUCUCCAGCCAGGAAUAAAAACACCCCAAACCCCAGCAGGAGGUCCCUCCGAAAGACCCCUCUGAAGACAGCCAACUGAAACGGUGCAUUCCAGGGAGUGUCCAGGACAGCAAGAGCCCUUGAGGAGACACUGUUGUUUCCUGCACGUGGAAAGGCUGACGGAUCCCUUUCCGUACGCCUGGAGUGACGCUUCAUCAUGGAACAGCCAAGCCCCUCGGGACCCCAGCGCUCCAGCUGUUCAUCUCCUCGCAGCUGGCCAGCCUUUUAACUGCCCUUCAUGACGUCUGUGGUUAAAAUUGUAAAAUAAUAGAGAAAUGCCAGAUUUAGAUUUUCUAUCCUAAACUUAAGCUAUUUAAUGUUAUAACGUUAUUCCAUUUGAAAGCGUCCAUGUCCAUUCGGAUAAGCUAUUAUCUGGUCUUUAAGGAACAUAACUUAAAAACUUCAGCUUUCUUUUAUAA